UCUGCGCGCGAGCAGUGCAGGGAGUUUAUAUGUUUAUAUAAAUGACAUUUAAAGAUAUUUUGCUCCGGUGAUCGCGCUGACAGCACCGCCAUCAUCCCGCUGACGGUUCACGGAUCGAUGUUUGACGCGCAGUGGCCGCUGAAACUAAAGGCUGAUGUGUGAUUUGCGCUCCGUUCCUGUCCGCCAACAUGGUAGACAUGGAGAAGCACUACUGUCCCCCGUCCCCAUUGGAAGACUCUGUGUUGGACAGUCCCUUGUGCAGGGACUUCAUCGGUGGGAUUGAAGAUUUGCAGGACAUCUCUAAAUCCAUCGAUGAAGACGCGCUCAGCAGCUUCGAAGUGACAGAGAACCAUUCGUCAGGUCUGGGCUCGGGGUCGGAGAGCUCCACCGUGUUAGAUGCUCUGACACCAGCGUCGAGCCCGUCGUCAGGCGUGUAUGGUGGCCCAGCGGGACAGGAAGAGUUCACCUCCACCUCACUGAAUUUGGAGUGCAGGGUGUGCUCGGACCGUGCGUCAGGAUACCACUAUGGCGUUCACGCUUGUGAAGGAUGCAAGGGUUUCUUCCGUCGGACAAUUCGUCUCAAACUGGAGUACGAUAAGUGUGUACGGCGCUGUAAGAUCCAAAAGAAGAACCGAAACAAGUGCCAAUACUGUCGCUUUCAGAAGUGCCUCUCUGUGGGAAUGUCUCACAAUGCCAUCCGCUUUGGGCGAAUGCCACAGUCGGAGAAGCUGAGGUUGAAGGCAGAGAUCCUGACGGGAGAUCGAGAGGUGAAGGACCCGCAGGUGGCCGAUCAGAAAACUCUAGCCAAGCAGAUCUACGAGGCGUAUCUGAAGAACUUCAACAUGAACAAAUCCAAAGCACGAACCAUCCUGAUGGGCAAGACCAACACGCCGCCUUUUGUGAUCCACGACAUGGAGACUCUGCAGUUGGCCGAACAGACGUUUGUGGCGAAGAUGGUGGGCACUUCCGGAGGACUGUUGAAUAAAGACGCCGAGGUUCGAAUUUUCCACUGCUGCCAGUGCACGUCGGUGGAGACAGUAACCGAACUGACGGAAUUCGCUAAGUCCGUGCCAGGAUUCUCAAAUCUGGACCUGAAUGACCAGGUGACAUUAUUAAAGUAUGGCGUUCACGAAGCGUUCUUUGCCAUGUUGGCGUCUUGCAUGAAUAAAGACGGUCUGCUGGUCGCGUACGGUAGCGGUUUCAUCACCAGGGAGUUUCUGAAGAGUUUACGACGACCGUUCAGUGACAUGAUGGAGCCCAAGUUUCAGUUUGCGAUGAAGUUUAAUUCCCUCGAGCUGGACGAUAGUGAUCUCGCACUGUUUGUCGCUGCCAUCAUCUGUUGUGGAGAUCGGCCUGGGCUGGUGAACGUCCCGCACAUCGAACGGAUGCAGGAGAGCAUCGUUAACAUACUUCAGCAGCAUCUUAAGAGCAACCAUCCCGAUAAUGACUUCCUGUUUCCUAAACUCCUACUGAAACUAGUGGACCUUCGGCAACUGGUUACGGAGCACGCUCACUUAAUACAGGAAAUCAAGAAUACGGAAGACACGUCGCUGCAUCCCUUACUGCAAGAAAUCUACAGAGACAUGUACUGAGUUGAGUUUGGCAAUCCGAGGCUCUUGAAUGGAAUUUAGAUCAUGAAUGGGUUCCUUACUCUAGUUGAUUUCCGGAAAAGUAUGGAAAAGGACAUCUUUGGAGAGGGUCGUUGCUCUCUGGUGCCCUCCAAACAGUGAUCACUGUAAGGGGCUUCACGUAAAAACCACUAUUGCCAGGAUUUGGUGGGAUUCUGGACAACGCAUGGACUUAAAAGCUCAUCAAACAUUAUUGUUGAGUUAAGCAAAUGGUGGUUUCUGUGUUUGUUGGUUUAAAGAGCAACAACCAAGACAAUGCCAAUUGAAACUGGACAAACAUUUAUGUUUUGGAGAUUUAAAAAAAAUAAUGCUUAUUGGCUUGUUUGGGCCUGAAACUGUGAAUAUAAACCAUAAAAUCCACCGUCUUCAUACAGCAAUAUUGUUUUUUGUACUGACACAUAGUACAUUUUGAUAGAAAGAACUAAAUACCCACGAAUUUUCAGCAAGACCACCCAAGUGACUUUCCUACCGUAACUAGUGAAAUGGACUGUUUUGUAAUGCAACAGGAAUUGAACAAUUUCUGGGUAAGAAAUUGUAUUUUAGUUUUUUCAAAUGGUUUCUAGCACUUGUAUUUUAACAAUUUAUAUUUUGCAAAUAUUUGCCAUUGAUUUCUUCUACCAUAAACGUGGCCUCCUGUUAUUUGAAUAGCUCUCUAGUAAAUCUCAUACGCUGUAAACCUAACCAGGCAUGACAAUUUUCCGGCGUCAAGUGAAUUAUAUGUCCACACUGAAUGCGGAAAUGCUGCCUGAUACGAUAAAAUCACAGAAGAAAUGCUCUGUGACACAAUAAAAUCAUUGUGAAAAUGAUGCGUGAUGCAUUAAAAUCACAGGAAAAAUUAUGUGUUAAAUCAAAGCGAAAAUUAUGCAACGCGAUAAAAUCACAACAGAAAUGCUGCGUAACACGCUAAAUUACUAGCAAAAAUAGUGCAUGACUCGAUCAAAUCAAAGCGAAAAUUAUGCGUGACGCAAUAAAAUUACAGUGAAAAUGCUGCAUGAUGUGAUAAAAUCACAGCGAAAACGAUCGUGACGAAAUGCUGCGUGACACUGUAAAAUCAGCAGGAGUGAUGCGAUCACAGAAAAAAUACUGUUUGACAUGAUAAAAUCACAGCGAAAGCAAUGCAUGAUGCGAUAAAAAUAUAAUUGAAAGUGCAACGUGAUGUGAUAAAAUCACAGCAACAAUGCUGCGUGACGCAAUAAAAUCACAGCGAUAAUGCUGUGUGACACAAUAAAAUCACAGGGAUAAUGCUGCGUGACGCAAUAAAAUCACAGGGAUAAUGCUGCGUGACGCAAUAAAAUCACAGCGAUAAUGCUGUGUGACACAAUAAAAUCACAGGGAUAAUGCUGCGUGACGCAAUAAAAUCACAGGGAUAAUGCUGCGUGACGCAAUAAAAUCACAGCGACAAUGAUGCGUGACGCAAUAAAAUCACAGCGACAAUGAUGCGUGACGCAAUAAAAUCAUAAACAAUUAUAAAAGAUGCGAUAAACUCACAGCGAUAAUGCUGCAUGAUGCAAUAAAAUCACAGCGAUAAUGCUGCGUGACGCAAUAAAAUCACAGGGAUAAUGCUGCGUGACGCAAUAAAAUCACAGGGAUAAUGCUGCGUGACGCAAUAAAAUCACAGCGACAAUGAUGCGUGACGCAAUAAAAUCAUAAACGAUUAUAAAAGAUGCGAUAAACUCACAGCGAUAAUGCUGCAUGACGCAAUAAAAUCACAGCGAUAAUGCUGCGUGACUCAAUAAAAUCACAGGGAUAAUGCUGCGUGACGCAAUAAAAUCACAGCGAUAAUGCUGCGUGACUCAAUAAAAUCACAGGGAUAAUGCUGCGUGAUGCAAUAAAAUCACAGGGAUAAUGCUGCGUGACGCGAUGAAAUCACAGUGCUGCGUGACGCGAUAAAAUCACAGGGAUAAUGCUGCGUGACGCAAUAAAAUCACAGGGAUAAUGCUGCAUGACGCAAUAAAAUCACAGGGAUAAUGUUGCGUGACGCAAUAAAAUCACAGGGAUAAUGCUGCGUGACGUGAUAAAAUCACAGGGAUAAUGUUGCGUGACGCAAUAAAAUCACAGGGGUAAUGCUGCGUGACGUGAUAAAAUCACAGGGAUAAUGCUGCAUGACGCAAUAAAAUCUCAGCGAUAAUGCUGCGUGACGCAAUAAAAUCUCAACGAUAAUGCUGCGUGACGCAAUAAAAUCUCAACGAUAAUGCUGCGUGAUGCGAUAAAAUCACAGCGACAAUGCUGCGUGACGCAAUAAAAUCACUGGGAUAAUGCUGCAUGACGCAAUAAAAUCUCAGUGAUAAUGCUGCGUGACGCAAUAAAAUCUCAACGAUAAUGCUGCGUGACGCAAUAAAAUCUCAACGAUAAUGCUGCGUGAUGCGAUAAAAUCACAGCGACAAUGCUGCGUGACACAAUACAAUCACAGGGAUAAUGCAGCGUGAUGCAAUAAAAUCACAGGGAUAAUGCUGCGUGAUGCAAUACAAUCUCAGCGAUAAUACUGCGUGACGCAAUAAAAUAACAGUGAUAAUGCUGCGUGACGCAAUAAAAUCACAGGGAUAAUGCUGCGUGAUGCAAUAAAAUCACAGGGAUAAUGCUGCGUGACGCAAUAAAAUCACAGGGACAAUGCGGCGUGACGCAAUAAAAUCACAGUGAUAAUGCUGCGUGACGCAAUAAAAUCACAGGGAUAAUGCUGCGUGAUGCAAUAAAAUCACAGGGUUAAUGCUGCGUGAUGCAAUAAAAUCACAGGGAUAAUGCUGCGUGACGCAAUAAAAUCACAGGGAUAAUGCUGCGUGACGCAAUAAAAUCACAGGGAUAAUGCUGCGUGACGCAAUAAAAUCACAGGGACAAUGCGGCGUGACGCAAUAAAAUCAGUGAUAAUGCUGCGUGACGCAAUAAAAUCACAGGGACAAUGCGGCGUGACGCAAUAAAAUCAGUGAUAAUGCUGCGUGACGCAAUAAAAUCACAGGGAUAAUGCUGCGUGACGCAAUAAAAUCACAGGGAUAAUGCUACGUGACGCAAUAAUAUCAUAAACAAUUAUAAAAGAUGCGAUAAACUCACAGCGAUAAUGCUGCGUGACGCAAUAAAAUCACAGGGAUAAUAAAAAAUCAGAGUUGAAAUGCUGCAUAAUGCGAUAAAACCACAAAGUGUGCAUGACAUGAUCAUUUCAAAGCCAAUCAGAGCAUAUUUGAUGUUUACAAAGCAGCUACAUGCAGCAUGAUUUUAGCCGAUGAGAUUUCACCGUAGGCGGGGAUACACAGAACAUCGCAACCAAGCGAGCAGCAAAAUAUUGCAUCACGUUGUAGCUGGUUAUGACAAAAACUCUUGAACUUGGAAGAGAGAAUCGAUCGCUUGUUGCUUUAUUGCGUCAUGUCUGGUUAGGACAUGUAUUAGCAUCCGGGUAACCUGAACAUCUCAACUGAGUUAGCAUACGUCAGACACAAAACACAGUCGCCGCAUUCAACACUACAUAUAGAAUACCUCAUGACCGAAGCCUUCGGACGUAGUACACUUGCUCAUAUACGUUGUGCUCUUACAGAAAUCUAGCAAUAAAAGGGCUAAUUUAUGCAAAGAAAUAACAAAGAUGAGCUGUUUUCGUUUCAUGAACCAUAUUAAUAAAUAACAGCAGUGCGCAAGUAGUGUCGGCGCCGAGUCUAUUUCUGCAGCACACGCUGAAAUAAACAGCUUCUAUGAAGCCUAUUUCUUAGACAUUUUCUUGUUUAUAAAUCUUAUGAAUUAGACUUCAUUACAAUCAAGAUUGAAAUAGUUCUCGAAGGCCCAUAACUGAAACCCACUCGAAAAAUACUCUGUAUACUGGAAAACCGCAGUGCCUCCUCAUGUCUGCAUAGUGAACUACAUAUCUGGUUUGUAACGUUGCUUUCAAACGGGUACAUUUACAAACUGUACUUUCCUUUAGAAACCAGACAGAGAAGCUAAUAGUUUACUGUAUGUCAGUGUAGUACCGUUGUUUGCACAUGGAAACUUAACUUGCAGUUAUCUAUGUUAAAAAGCUCUAGUAUAUAAGCACCCAUAUACAUACUAGAACAAUUAGUUCUAUCAGGAAGACUCACAGACUUGAGUGAAAUUGAAGAUGACAUUUAUUUGAUGACUAUAAAACCGAAAUGUAAUGUCUCUCUUUGGUGUAAGCUCCAUCUGGUGGUCCGAAGAAGUUGUACUCGGAACCGUCAUAUCCUGCCGGAGAUAGGAGGCAGGGGCGAGGAGCCUACCCCCGUGCAGGACGGGACUCAACCGGUGGUGGUGGGGUGGAGGAGGUUGCGUGUUAGCGCACUGAAGCAUCAAUAUGACUUAUAAGUUUUAUAACAAUAUGAGUUUUAGUAGCAUUUUUAUUUCGUUUCAGUGUUUUCAUUUUAAUCCCUAACAACAAAGCGUGGUGAGUGGUGGUGGCAUAGUGGGCUAAAGCACUGAACUAGUAAGCAGAAGGUUGCUGGUUCGAUCCCCACAGCCACCACCAUUGUGUCCUUGAGUAAAGCACUUAACUCCAGGUUGCUCCGGGGGGAUUGUCCCUGUAAUAAGUGCACUGUAAGUCGCUUUGGAUAAAAGCGUCUGCCAAAUGCAUAAAUGUAAAUGUAAAUGUAAACAAAGCGCUAUAAAUUGUCAAAAUUUGUUUCGCACACUUUCGUCAGAAAAUGCAACAAGCCAACUGUGGUUGGUUGUUUUACAGGUUAAUCAGCUGUUUUCGAGUUUUCAUUCGUGUCUUAGUGCACAUUUAUAGUGUCAGUUCGGUUUUCGCUCUUACGCAAACUCCCUUUUAUUUUUAAGUUAACAAAAGUCUUUGCGAUAGUUUUCGCUAAAUAUAGUAGCUUUGACACGCAUUUUAAAUCGCUGAAGUUCGCCAUGCCACUGCACUGUUGGUUGCUGGUUGGUACUGUAUCUUCUCGACUAGUUGACGAACUUUGUUUUGCCACUAGUGGUCGCUGUUGCUCAUUUUGCUCAAAUUGCUUCCUGUAGUUGAAAAUGAAUGACUUAUAGACGUUUUGUCGCUACAAAUCUCACUGUCCGUGUGAACGCCCCCUAAUAUGCAAACAAUGCCAACUUUAUCAGAUCUUGUGCCCACAUUUUCUGCAAAGGGGUUUUAAUGCACUUAAACUGUAAAAUGUUUGAUUUUAACUGGAAACGAGUAAUGUAACCGGUGCGGUAACGGCUUAGGUAUUAUGCACUGCGCAAGAUUAUGACUAUGUUGUUAAUAAAUUGAAUCUUUUAUACUUUAUUAAUAUAUAGAAGGUAUUGUGAAAUUAAUUAGUUGAAUGCAGUGCAAUGUAAAUAUAGGGAACCAGCAACCGGGUAGCAGCUUGGAAAUUUGUGUCAUAAUUUCCACAUUCCUUUUUGAUUCCUGCAGCGUGGAGGACCUGUACAACUCUUAAAUGGAGUGUGUUGAGCUAUCCCUCAAUUUGUAUUUAUGUUUUGAGUUAUUAGCUUGCAAAAGGUAAUAACUUACUCCACCUCUGAAACAACUUUCCUUUUUGGAUGAUGUCAUCAAGGACUCUUAUAUUUUUAAACCCUCCCAUCCAACCACCUGUCAUAUAUAGACACCACUUUCCACAUCCUAUCAAUUCCUGAUGGAUACAAUCAAGUACUCUCCUUUGAAAUGUUUUUGGGUGUUUCAGGUCCUCAGUUGAUGUACUGUAUUGUGGCAUACGGUGGUCUCAGGAACAAGAAUGGCGAUACUAAUGUACAUAUUGAUAGUGUAGAUUAUCUAUACUGCCAAAUGACACAAGUCAAGCCAAACUGUUUGUAAAUCCAGCCAGAUUUUCUUUAUAUCUCUCCAUUUUAACGUGCACUUCGGAGUCGUAACACACUACCGGGACAUUUUUGAAAAUGAAUAAAUGCAGUAAAAUCACGUUUAGUGUGCAUCGUUUAAUUCUUGCAUUCUUGUUUGCUUUUUUUUUUUUUUGUCAAAAUUUUUUUAUAAUCAGUUUAUAUGCUUACGAUAAUGCUCGAUGAUUUAAUUGUUGUUUGAUGUGUAAAUAUGGCUGUUUUGAAAAGUUUGAAUCCAUCAGAAAGCUUUGGGUUCGUCCUCUGCCUUAUUCUUACUUGUAUGUUUGGAAAGAAAUACUUAACAUACUAUUUACUAAAUACCGGGCAAAUAUAUACUGUAUACUGCAUACUACUAGAGGGAGACCGAUGUAUCAGUAUUAACAAUGAAUUGGUACCGAUAGUUGUUAUCUGCCAAAAUCUGUGCCGAUAGUUGCCGAUAUUUUUCUUUAUUUAAUUUCCCGUUAUUCUAAAGUAGGAAGGAAUGCUCUAGAAUAACAGGGGAAUUAAAUAAAGAAAAUAAAGCUAAAUAUCGGCAACUAUCGGUCGAUAACCUAUAGUUUCUGUUUUUUAACUAUCAGUUAUCUGCCAAAAUCUGUACCGAUAGUUGCCGAUAUUUUUCUUUAUUUAAUUUCCCCGUUAUUCUAAAGUAGGAAGGAAUGCUCUAGAAUAACAGGGGAAUUAAAUAAAGAAAAUAAAGCUAAAUAUCGGCAACUAUCGGUCGAUAACCUAUAGUUUCUGUUUUUUAACUAUCAGUUAUCUGCCAAAAUCUGUACCGAUAGUUGCCGAUAUUUUUCUUUAUUUAAUUUUGCCGUUAUUCUAGAGUAGGGACCAAUGCUCUAGAAUAACAGGGGAAUUGAAUAAAGAAAAUAAAGCUAAAUAUCGGCAACUAUCGGCACAGAUUUUGGCCGAUAAUCUAUAGGUGUUGGUUUUUAAACUAUCAGUUUUGUACCAAAAUCUGUGCCGAUAGUUGCCGAUAUUUUUCUUUAUUUAAUUUCCCCAUUAUUCUAGAGUAGGGGCGAAUGCUCUAGAAUAACAGGGGAGUUAAAUAAAGAAAAUAAAGCAAAAUAUCGGCAACUAUCGGCCGAUAACCUAUAGGUGUUGUUUUAUAACUGUCGGUUAUCUGCCAAAAUCUGUGCCGAUAGUUGCCGAUAUUUUUCUUUAUUUAAUUCCCCCAUUAUGCUAAAGCAUUGUAGAACAUUGUAAUGGAGAAAAGUCUCAUUCAAAAUAAGUCCUUUCAAAAUAAAAGUCCCUGGUGUGUUUCAGGCUUGUUUAUAAUUAAAAGUCCCGCUUUAUGCAUCAAAUCUUAAUGUUUCUGGUUAUUAUUGGGAUUUUGGUCGCACAAUAGACUCCACCUGUGAUUUUAUUUAUUUUGGACUCUUAUAGCCUCUGUGUCGGUGCACUUCACAUUAAGUAAAGGCUAAGAAUUUUUUCAGAUGAUUAAUCGGUUAACGGCCUUUUCCACGACCGUGGUUAUCAGUAUUGGCAAGAUCCACUAUCGGUUGACCUCUACAUACUACAUUUUAAAAUAGUGUGUAAUAGUAUGCAUUAUGCAGCACUAAUUUUGGGAAAAAUUUCAGAUUUUUGUUCGAAUUCUCUGCAAACAAUUUAUUUACUUUUGCAGUCUGGUUAAAUACUUAGUCUAAAAAAAGAAAACUGUAAUUUUAGCAAAUGUAGCUGGUCAUCCAGGUAUGCAUGCAGAAAAGAUGCAUACUAUGCAUAGUACGCAUGCUAAAUACUACAGGAAUGGUAAGAGUAGUAUGCUGUUCCAAACAUAACCCAUAUCUCUUCCUGUGCCUUAGUUAUAUUGGCAAAUGUUAUUAUAAAUAUUAUUUCACAAUAUCUCCCACAAGUAACUUUUUUGUCUUGUCAUAUUUGCUAUCUGAGCACAAAUGUAUGCAUCAAGUUGUUUUCUUUUCGUGUUUAAUUGAUUCAAAUGUAAUGUUUGAUAGUCAGCGUGUUAAAAGUGACACUUUGCUCUCCUAACUAAGAGAUUUUAACGAUUUCGUAUCAGGGAAUUUUGUCACGGUCUUCCCGUUGCCCUGUAGCUCAGGUCACAGUAAAGUACUGUUCUGCCUUUGCCAUAUCUAAUCAAUUCUUGGCUGAUACACACAUCUGUGACUUUGUACUAGCAGUUGAUUAUUAAUAUAAUGCCGUACAAAAUGCAUCAGUUGUGGUGUUUAUUUGUUUGUUUGUUUUGUUCUACGAUGGCUUAACAACUAGAUACAUGUAUGACAAAUGUAUGUAAAUAUAAAGUCAUGUUUCAAAAUAAAAGUUAUCUUUGUAAAACUAUCUUUUUCUGUGUAAUGUUACAUUUUAUAUCCAAAAAAGAGUUACAACUGGCCUACAAUUAUACAAAACACAACUCAUUGCAUAGCGCUCUGCAGUGGUGCAAA